AUGGAGUCCACGCUGGGCGCGGGCAUCGCGAUGGCCGAGGCGCUGCAAAACCAACUGCCUUGGUUGGAGAACGUGUGGCUCUGGGUCACCUUUCUGGGCGAUCCCAAGAGCCUCUUUCUGUUCUACUUCCCCGCGGCCUACUACGCCUCCCGCCGCGUGGGCAUCGCGGUGCUCUGGAUCAGCCUCAUCACCGAGUGGCUCAACCUCGUCUUCAAGUGGUUUCUGUUUGGAGACAGGCCCUUUUGGUGGGUCCAUGAGUCUGGGUACUACAGCCAGGCCCCAGCCCAGGUUCACCAGUUCCCCUCUUCUUGUGAAACUGGUCCAGGCAGCCCUUCUGGACACUGCAUGAUCACAGGAGCAGCCCUCUGGCCCAUCAUGACGGCCGUCUCUUCCCAGCUGGCCACUCGGACCCACAGCCACUGGGUGAGGGUGAUACCUAGCCUGGCUUACUGCACCUUCCUACUGGCUGUCGGCCUGUCCCGGAUCUUCCUCUUAGCACACUUCCCUCACCAGGUGUUGGCUGGUCUAAUAACCGGUGCUGUCCUGGGCUGGCUGAUGACCCCCCGGGUGCCCAUGGAGCGGGAGCUAAGUUUCUAUGGAUUGACCUCGCUGGCCCUCUUGCUGGGUGCCAGCCUCAUCUAUUGGACCCUCUUUACACUGGGCCUGGAUCUUUCUUGGUCCAUCAGCCUGGCCUCCAAGUGGUGUGAGCGGCCUGAGUGGGUGCACAUGGAUAGCCGGCCCUUUGCCUCCCUGAGCCGCGACUCCGGGGCCGCCCUGGGUCUGGGCAUUGCCCUGCACUCUCCCUGCUAUGCCCAGGUACGGCGGGCAUACCUGGGUCACGGCCAGAAGAUAGCCUGCCUUGUGCUGGCCAUGGGCCUGCUGGGCCCCCUGGACUGGCUGGGCCACCCUCCUCAGAUCAGCCUUUUCUACAUCUUCAAUUUCCUCAAAUACACCCUGUGGCCAUGCCUCGUCCUGGCCCUUGUGCCCUGGGUCGUGCACACGUUCAGUGCCCAGGAAACACCACCUGUCCGCUCUUCCUGACUUCAAGUGCCUCCUGUUGCCACUUGCCCCCCUGCCCAAAGCCAACACUCCAUGACCUCCACACUCCGGAGGGCAGCCCUAUCCCCUUCCAGCUCCCAACAGGCCCUGCUCAUCCUCAGUCUCCCACUGUUCCACCAUCUGGUCUUAGCCCCAGGGAAGGGCCUUCUCUCUUCCCAGAAAGGCUGGUCAUCCUGCCUUCCCCGUCCUGAGUCCCCAGGGAGCUAAGGCAACGUCAAGACCAGUGGGCUCCCGUAACACUGUGAGGGGCUCAGAGCAGCCCCAAUAAAGCCCUUGAACACUU